CUACGAGGUGUCCAUCUGACAAACAGGUCAGCGCAGCAAAAGACAUGCUUUGUGCAGCCUGAGUCGAGCAGUGCAUAUGCACACACAUCAUUCAGUGCGUCACAUACACGCUCACUAACACAUCCAUCCAUAGCAGACGAGUGUGCCACUCCAACCACAAACGCACCAGCCACAUCUCUGUUCUGUGUGUCUGCAGGUUGUGCAUUUUCACGGGCAAACAGAGCUGCUACCUCUGCACUCCACUCGCUAAGCAAAGAGCACUGACUGCCCUCCCUCUGCUUGUGUGUGUGGUCACGUACUUGUUGUGCAAGCAGAUGCUUGACGUUGUCGCGCUUUGGGCAGUUGCGGCAGAGGUGCUCGGUGCUGUCGCAAAUCCAGCACUUGAGGCCCUUGCCCUUCUUGCCCUUGCCGGCCUUGCCGCCAUUGCUCGACGCGUCUUUCGACGCCUUCGUCUGCUUGCUCUUCUGGCUCACGCCGGUCUGCGCGCUCGGCUGUGCCGUCGGCUGCCCCUUCGUGGCCUUCUUGCCCUUGUUCUUCUUCCUGGCGAUCGGGACGAACGACACCUUCUGUGCCACCGCCACCGUCCCACCCGCCGCGGCCGCCGCACUCGUUGAGCCGCUGCCCUGGCCCUGCUGCUGUGUGGCCGACCCUGUGAAGUCAGCCCACUGGCGGCACACCUUGAGGAGCGUCGCGAAGUUGUGCUUGGCGGAUGGGUCAAUGACCACCGCCUCUCGCACUCGACCAAACGACGCCGGCAGCUUGAGGAUGAAGAACUCGACCAUCUCUCGGUCGGCGAUCGGGGGCAUCCCUUGCAGUUGACGCAGCUCGUUCGCGCGCUGCACCACAUGCGUGAAGCUCGUCACCGCCUCCUCAAAGGUCCCCUUCAGGUCGGGCUGCCAGUUCACCACCCGCGCGAAGGCAUCCCCCCAUGCGCCAGCAUGCGUUGGCUGGAACGCCUCCAACAGUGCGUCCCAGGCCGCCGCACCGUUGCCCGCCGGCCCUUGCUGGACGACAGCCAGUGCCCGCGGAUUUGUCGGCGGUUGCUCGUCGUUGGUGCCCAUCAGUGCGUCUAUCAGCUCCGUGUGCAGAUGAGCAUUGUCCGCGUCGUACUGCACCGUGCCGUAGAUGGCUCGCCCGGCCUGACGGUUGCUCUUGUCGAGCAGGUAGCCGAUCUUGGCCGCGUAGCACUUGCUCUGCACCUCAAACGCGAACGUGGGGAAGCCAGCCUGGUCGCCAGUGAAGGUAUGAAGCUUGAGCUUCUUACGCUCCACCACCGACUCCGCUGCUUUCUUCGUCACCACGCCGCCCGUCAGGGUCAAAUUGUUAGCCGUAUGACCGGCCUGCUGCGGCUCACGCUGGUUGAGGUGGGCACCGAUGAUUGACGAGAGGGCAGCAGCACGCUGCUCCUCCGACACCAUCACCACAUCGCCGUUUCCAGCAUUGUUGCCGUCACCUUGGCCUGGCUGGCCAGCCUCACCGCCAGCCUCAUCGCCAUUCGGUGCUGCUCCAGCGUUUCCGUCGCCGUUCGGCUGGAUCUGUGCAGAUCCCUCACCGCCUCCGACACCUGCGUCUUGUCCGCUCAUCACGACAUCCUGCUGUGCAGGAUUCGUGGCUUCAACGGGCGGAGAGUCAGUGUCCAU